AUGUCGCGGUGCCAGGCUGUUGCGAGGCCGUUGGCACGGCAGCUGCGCCAGCAAUGCGCAAUCCGGCCCUUCACGACGGGAGCUGCCCGCGCCGCCGCCGAAGUGCAGCAGCAGCAGCAAUCAGCCUCGUCGUCUGCUCCUCCUCCAGCCCAGCCCAGCGCCCUCGAUCUCGACCCCAACAGCGUGCUGCCGGAAUUCGAGGCCGAAUUGAUCAAGGCGGGCAAGAUGCCCGUCGGCUCGCGGAGGCGGAGAGUCGCCAUGCGCACCACGGCCAACGUUCCCUUUGAGCAGCUGCCGUACCAGGCGUUCCAGGAGGCGAGGGCCAUUCUUGCGGCGGACCGACAGGAGAAGGUGGCCAAGAUCCAGGAAGAACUGGCCAAGAUUGCGGCAUUGGAGAGCAAGGACGCUUCGUUGGUUAAGGGGGGGCAGUCAAUGAAGGAUACGAAGCUGGCGAGUUUGAGGCGCUACGUCGAGCAGCUCAAGAUUCAGGCGGAUAUCAACGACCCUCUGGUCAAGAAGCGCUUUGAAGAUGGUCUAGGAGACAUGAACAAGCCCAUCUACAGGCACUACGCCGAACGCAAGUGGCGCUCCUACGACUACCGCCUCAUCGCCCAGCGCAUCAAGCAAUUCAACAUCGUCCCCGACGUCCUGCCCAAACUCGACCCCGUCGCCGACGUCCAGCUCUACUUCCGCCACUCCAAGGUCGCCCCCGGCGCCGUCGUCGACUCCCUUGUCAGCGAGCACCCGCCCCGCCUCCGCGUGCAGGUCUUCGACGCCGGAAGCCGCCUCGUCUCCCUCGUUGUUCUCGACGCCGAUGUCCCCGACGCGGACAACGACGCCUUCUCCAAGAGAUGCCAUUUUCUAGCGGCGAACAUCCCGCUUAGCCCGGACAGCACUUCCUUGCCCCUCAGCCGCAUCACCGCCGACGACCAGCUCGCCGUGCCCUGGCUCGCGCCCGUCUCGCAAAAGGGCGCUCCUUACCACCGUUUGGGCGUCUACCUGCUGGAACAAAAGCCCGGGGCCAAAGUCGACGUCGCCCAGCUCAAGCAGCUGUACGCCGCACGGGACGGCUUCUCGCUCAAGUCGUUCCGCGACAAGUUCAACCUCACCCCCGUAGGCUUCAACAUGUUCCGCUCCGUCUGGGACGAAAACACCGCGGACGUCAUGGCCCGCCACGGCAUCCCCGGCGCAGACGUCGAGUUCCGGCCUGCUCGCGUCCACAGCCUGAAGCCGCCGGUCAAGCCUCGUGGUUGGGAGGCCAAGAGGCAGGGUCCCGCGUACAGACACCUGUGGAAGUACACGAAGCGCAUCAAGGGCCUGUCGAAUGGCCGCGGAUGGACCAAGAGGAGGUAG